UUAAAAUGUAUGACAUGUGUAACUUCGUUUAAGUUUAUUAAAUUUAUCGAUUUGUCGUUUACUAUUUUCUGACUAAUAUUAACAAUCAGCAGAGUUGUAAACAGUAACUUGGAAAUGAAAAGUGUUACUAAUCAUUGCAAAUCUGCCGUCACGAAGUAUACUAAAGUCACUGGAUGGAAACAUAUUACGAAGAAAAUUUUUCGAGAUGGGAAGUGGCAUAAGGUGGAAGAAAGUCCAAAAAACCUAACCUCUCGGACAAGUGCCUACAAAGAAGAAAAUAACAACAAAAAUGUGGAAGUUCUGGAUGACAACAUAAGAAUCAAUGCGAUUAAUAUGCAAAUGCUUUCAAAACCGUUACAUGAACAAAUAUUUAAGAAUUUUUCUACGCAAGAAAUAUCCACUGAUGAAAAGAAUUCUAUAAAAAAUGAUUUAAAUUCGUAUGGAAUAAAAACUGAAGAUGCAACUAGAUAUCCAAAUGUAAAUCUUAAAUUACCUCCUUUGGAAGGUAAUGAUAUAGAGCAACAUUUUUAUAAUAUUGGUGAAGCCCAAGUUAAACCUUAUUUAGCAAUUAUUAAAGAUAUUAUGAAAGAUAUUCCUAAAAUGCCAGAUCGAUGGAUAUUGAAAGAAGGCUGGGUCAGGUAUACAGUUAAUGGAGCAGAAUCUGUAGACUAUCCAUUAGAGGAUGGUAUGAUUUUUGAUACAGAAGUUUGUAUGAAAGAAGGCCCUCUACCAAUAAUUGCCACUGCGGUAACUAAUAAAGCAUGGUACGGAUGGGUAUCAAAGUCUUUAAUGGAUGGUGUAAGUACACAGUUCAAGGGGCAGCAGUUCACUAUGGACCAAUUGAUACCAAUAGAAAGCAAAUCCACAGAACUCGGAGAGAGAUUAAAUAGCUACCACAAGAAACCAAAAAUUUUAGUAGGUCAUAAUGUAUCGUUUGAUAGGAGCAAGAUCAAAGAACAGUUUUGGCUAAAUUCCACAGGAUUAAGAUUUGUUGACACGAUGUCGCUACAUAUAUCUGUUGGUGGAGUUAGUAGCUACCAAAGAGGAAUUUUAAAUGGGGCGAGAAACACCAGUGAGAAGUUGAAUUUGAAGAUGCAAACCUGUUUAAACAGCCUAGCAGAGGUCCAUAAAUUUUACUGCGGAUAUGAAAUAGAUAAGGAGAUCAGAAAAGUAUUUAUGGAAGGGACUCUGAGGGAUGUAAAAACAGAUUUCAAUUCUUUGAUGACCUAUUGUGCAAAUGAUGUGCUUGCGACACAUAACGUGUUACGGAUUUUAUUUCCUAUUUUCCAGGAAAGAUUUCCCCAUCCUGUUACUUUGGCAGGAAUGCUGGAGCUUGGAACAGCAUACUUGCCCACAAAUUCAAAUUGGCAGAAAUACAUAGAUGAGUCAGAGUCAACAUUCGAAGACUUAAAUUAUGAAACUAAAUUUAUUUUGGCUCAGAGAGCCAAUGCUGUGUGUCAUCUUAUGCAUAAUGAAAAGUAUAAAGAAGAUCUAUGGAUGUGGGACGAAGACUGGAGCACUAAUAAGAUGAAAUUAAAAUCUUCUGCAGCGUACGAAAAACUCAAAAAGAAGUAUGUACCACCGACUACAGAAAACGAAAAGACUGAUGCACAGAAGUAUCUCACAGACGACGAAGACGAGGAGGAUCCUUUAGAGAAGGAGUUUGGCUAUUUAAAAGAAACAAGAAAGCUUCUAUCUGCUAGGCUGCCACAUAUGCCAGGCUAUCCAGCAUGGUACAGGAAACUUUGCCCCAAACUCAGUGAUAAGGACUGGGCUCCGGGUCCACAGAAUUUAAGCAUUUCCAUGAAAAUUGCUCCAAAGCUCUUGAACCUCACAUGGGAACACUAUCCUUUGCACUACAUAAGAGACAAAGGCUGGGGAAUCUUGGUACCUUUUAAGGACGGCACAGAUGUAGAAACUAAGAUACCCAUAAAGCAGCUAUUGACCCAGUGUUCUUCAAGAGUUUCAGAAUAUUCCACUAAGGAACUAGAUUAUAUAAUGAUGACCCUCGACAAAGAUGUAGAAGACACUUUACACAAGCCAGAUUAUUCGUACAAGAAGAAGAAUAAGAAAAAGAAUGAACAAGACGUUGAUAUUAGCAAAGUCUACAAAGGUAGCGCAGUUUGGUGCGACGUAGUCAUAGAUGGCUGUUGCUAUUUUCUCAAGUUGCCACACAAGGACGGAGCAGACAACAAUGUGGGCAAUCCUAUGGCGAAAGAUUUUUUAAACAAGUUUUCCGAAAAUGUACUUGCUGGAUCGGAUAGCAGUGCGGCAGAGAUAUUGAGGAUAACUAAAAUGCUCUCCUACUGGAGGAAUAACAGAGACAGGAUAAUGUCACAAUUUGUAAUAUGGUUCGACAACUCUCAUUUACCAUAUACCGUCCAGGAUAUUGGAAAGUCGUUUCGCUAUGGGGCAAUUGUACCACUGGUAAUCGUAACAGGGACGUUAACAAGGCGAGCAGUUGAAUCCACUUGGAUGACUGCUUCCAAUGCUCACGAGGAACGUAUUGGCUCCGAGUUGAGAGCCAUGAUACAAGCACCUCCAGGAUACAAUAUCGUCGGAGCCGACGUAGACAGCCAGGAAUUGUGGAUCUCAUCCUUGUUAGGAGAUGCUUAUUAUAAAAAAAUUCACGGAGCUACACCCUUCGGUUGGAUGACCCUGAUAGGCACUAAGUCGAACGAAACAGACAUGCACAGUGUCACAGCCAAAGCUGUAGGGAUAUCAAGGCACCAGGCAAAGAUUAUCAAUUAUGCUAGGAUCUAUGGUGCAGGACAAAAGUUUGCAGAGAGACUUCUGAAGCAGUUUAACCCAUCUAUGACGUCCUCCGAGGCUGUAUCCAAGUCUAAAAGGAUGUUCACUAUGACUAAAGGCAAGAGGAUCUACAGACUGAAGAAAGAGUACCAUGACUUUGACAUAGAUGAUGUAGAUUAUUCCAGUUACAACGCGUUUCAGAUAGCCAAGAUAUUUGGUAAAACAUUGUCAGAGAUGUUUGAGAGAGGCAAAUGGGUAGGUGGUUCAGAGUCAGCCAUGUUCAAUAGGCUGGAGGAGAUCGCUGAGAGUCCUCAUCCUGUUACCCCUUUCUUGAACUCUAGGCUAACCAAAGCCUUGGAGAUGGACAUCAACAGCAGCGGUCUGCCCACGAAAGUGAAUUGGGUGGUUCAAAGCGGUGCAGUUGAUUUCCUCCACUUAAUGCUGGUCUCAAUGAAGUGGCUAAUGAAGGACAACAUAAGGUUCUGCUUGUCCUUUCACGACGAGGUCAGAUACCUCGUCCCAUCACAGUAUAAAUACAAUGCAGCUCUUGCCAUGCACGUUACCAAUCUUCUGACUAGAUGUUUCUGCGCUUCAAAAGUGGGCAUGAAGGAUCUUCCAAUGUCGGUGGCAUUUUUCACCUCGGUGGAGGUGGACACGGUUCUGCGCAAAGAGUCCAAAGACAAUUGCAAGACGCCCUCCAACUCUGGAGGUCUGGAAAAUGGAUACGAUAUUCCUCCAGGGGAGAGCUUAGACAUAUUUGACACCAUAAAGAAAUCUGAAGGCUCGUUCGGCCCCUGGCACGAUAAGAAUGAAGACGAGCAGAUCUCUGAUGACGAGGCGAUUAGGAUCAAAGGGGCACAAUAAGUGUCUUUGGUCGAAAUACUAAUUUCAGUUGUACUCGUUGAACUGAUAUCAAUCGCGUGCCAAAUGAUUUUUUGGUACCUUCAAAGUUACAGAUCAGGAUGUCGAAAGCAACCAAACGCAAACAUGUUGUUAAGGAGGUAGCCGUGUUGAGUGUUCC